AUGGCCGUUAAGAAGCGCCCAAAGACCCUCUCGCAUGGCAGGCCACCGUGCAGCAAACCCAAGGAACGAAUGAGUUCUGAGCGCUCGCGGACCAUCAUUCGCACCCAUCACCGACUACAGAAAGAGCAUGCAGCAGCCCUGAAAAGAGGAGAUUCCAAAGCAUCUGACGAAAUCGCUCAGGCAAUCGAAAAGAACGGUGGUAUCAAGACGUACCAAGCUGCCAGCAAACAGGGCCAAGCGAAGGACCGAGGCGGUGACUCCAGCAAGAUUCUUGUAGAUUGGCUGCAGCGAUCAUCCGUCAUCGACUCUAAAAGUCGAGGUCAGGAUGUUGUUGGGCAGGUUCCGUUGAGAUGCCUCGAAGUUGGAGCCCUUUCGACGAGCAAUGAAAUCUCGAAAUUUCCAAGCAGCAUCAACAUGACCAGGAUUGAUCUGAACAGUCAAGGGCAUGGCAUCGCAAAACAAGAUUUCAUGGAAAGGCCAUUACCUGCAUCCGAGGACGAACGCUUCGACAUCGUCUCAUUGUCGCUGGUACUCAACUACGUACCCGACGCACCUGGUCGUGGAGAGAUGCUGAAACGGCUCACCAAGUUUCUGCGGAUGGAUACAGCACAGUCUACGCCACCAAACGCCAUCCUACCACUUUUGUUUUUCGUACUGCCACUGCCUUGCGUUGAAAACUCCCGGUACUUGGACGAAAAGCUUCUACUUCACAUCAUGGAGAGCCUGGGAUUCGUUCUCAAGUACAACAAAAACACCACGAAACUCUGUUAUUACCUAUUCAGCUGGACCGGGAAAGUCACUUCGGUGGAAACAGACAAGAAAAAGAUCAAAGACGGACCCGCCAUGAAUAACUUCUGCAUCGUCGUGGACUAG